GAAUCAGCCAGCCAGAAUUUGACAGGUGUAGGUUAUGUUGCCCAUGGUCGAGCUUCCGCGACACAUUCAGCAUGUACGCGAGGCGCAUAAACCGCGAGAUAACGAUCGAGAUUCCCCGGACAGUGGUCCUCUAUUUUAAUAUUCAUUGGUGGAAUGUCAUGUACCACAUUUUAAUAACGAUAACGAUAUCGGAAGGACAAGGGGGAAUCCCGACCGUUCUCUGGGAAGUCUUUGAUGCUACGGCGGACGAGCCGGAACAUUUUGCAUAAGCUGAUGCACCGAUCGUGCAUUAAUUAAUAUUAUUUAGCUAUUGUUAAGUAACGCUUAAAGCACGUUCACUAUGCAAACAUCACUGGUCCGUGAUUUCAUUCAGAGCGCAUAUCGCUGAGUGCGAGCGCACGUUUCUUGAUUAUUUUAUCUUGUUUAACGCCAAUUUAGGCGAUACAUUUGAUUUAAACAAUAAUUAUUUAUUUUGGGGACAUUAAGCCUCUAAGGCAGUCCGUAUGCACGGACCAGUGCAACCAAUAGCAUUGCGAGAUUACUCGCUCGGCGCUAUGGAAUUCUAACGCAUUGCGCAUGCGGUGCCAUAGCAUCAGAGCGAGAAAAGAAGUGUGUGUGAGUGAGAUACCAUUCGAUGCUCACCGAUUGGCGACAGACUACAGCCUGACAACAACAAGCCAAUCGGGGUGCACCGAGUGGUAGGGAUGCAUGAGAACGAACGGCUCGGCGUCCCAACGACGGAAAGUCUGCAACGAGACGUCUCGGGAGACGGACGUGCGUGCGUGUUACGUUUUCCCGCGCGAUCUCGUAAUCGCAUAAGUCGAAAUUAGUGCAUUGGCAGUAACGGGCGCGAAUUAAUAGUUUAGCGAUAACACCCGCGAACCAUGCCUUGCAGAUUCUUUCCGCGCGUAAUAAUAAACGCGAGCGCGUAAUAAAUUCGCGAUAUCUGCGUGCGUUAUGCGAGAGGCGACACGUAGACAAAUGAAUCGCGACACACGCGUGGGCGACCUGAAGCCGUAGUGUGAGUGUGUGCGCGAAAAGGUCAAUAAAUCGAGUUGUGUGAAUAUCAGAAAGCCUUUGUUUACUCGUGCGACCCAAUUUUCCCAUCCUGGGCGAGUGACCGUUAGUGGCGGGAGAUUGCGUCAUCCGACGCCGGCCACGCAGCGAAGCACCCCAGAGGAUUCCACGACGCGGGGGUCCCAGCCAAGUGUGAGCGGACGUAUUUCUACGAGGACUUCCGCAUCCAGAAGCCGUGUAGGCGCAUUUCAUCGUCCGGCCGAUCGAGACAAAGGGCCGUGACCACACCCUGGCGGCGGGGCAAUUCACCGACCUGGCGACCGUGAUAAGUAAGAAUUCUGUGGAAAUAUUAGGAUUCUCUAGGAAUUUAUUAAUUCUGUGAGCAUGUUCGGUCACAACCUAACCUUGAGACCGUCCACAGGCUCAGUUGCUAACAAGGUCGAAAACGCCCAGCCAACAUCAGCGACGCCCGUCCGGAGAUAUUUUCCAGCCACGAGAGUCGAGAAAGCGCACGGAAGCAGGGACAAAGGCCGAAGCCUCAUCCAUAUGCGAAUGCGAGAGCCGGACACCGAGGUCGAGAAUGAGCGUCCGAAAUAAAGAACACCUAUCUGACCUUAUAUUUUUAUAUACCUUAUAUUUUAUAUUUUAAUAAUUUUACUGUCUAUGUGAUAUUCAACCUAUACCUCAUAGUUUAUAAUUUUAAUAUUUCUAUUGUUUGUAUGAUAUUCAGCCUAUAGUCAUUUUAGUAAUAAGAAAACAAUAUACAAUACUUACCUUUUGUAACCUUAAUAAACCUACCUUAAUAAUAUUAUUUAAUAAAAGUUUAGUUUAAACACCUUUAUCAUUUAGUUUAGACAUUACGUUGCGCAUAUAUUGUAUACUCUAACUCUAGAUCCUAACUAUGUAUAUAUUUACACACUUACCUUAUAGUUAAAUGAACUAACCUAAAACCCUAAUAAUAAAGAUUUAUGUUAAGAUUGUGCAUAGAAAUAAGCUAAGAUAAGCGCAAAUUAACAUCCUACAUAAUUUUAUAACAAUAGGUCAAGUUUGGCAAAUUGCACCUAAAAUCAACAGGUGGCACUUAAAAGUGCAGUUUUGCCAAACUUCGCCAGAUGGCGCUAAAGGCCUAGAAUGGGCACUAGGUGGGGAUAUCGAGCACUUUGCGGGUGCCGAAGACCCAAACCACGCCCGCGAACCCGAUUGGCUGGCGACAGCCUGGAGGGGAUGCGCAUACGCCGGGAGUAUAAAAAGGGGCUCUGCGAGGCCUCAUGAGCUUUCGCGCGUUGUCAACUACCGAGGCAACAUCCACGUUACAUGUUAACGACAUUUAAGGUUUACCCGAAUGUGAGUAGGGAAACUUCUUCGCGAAAGUUCCGCGGAGUGCGCGACUACUCUCUUCGCGUUACAAAUAGUUUAUUUCGACUGGCCGAAUGCUAGUAGGCCUUGUGUAUUAAGUUAUAACACACUGUUAACAAAUAUUAAUAAUUUUAUAAUAUGCGAAGUAACGCGUUAGUUUUAGUUAACCCGUAAACGAGUGUGAAAGAAAGCAUCGCGACCGGGACUUUGUGAAUCAAAGAGAAUAAAUCUUUUGUUAUAUUAUUAACCAAAAAGAAACAGUGAUUUACUUACCCGUGUUCGUUGUUCCUGAAUCCGACGAGUGAUCCCUGGGAGACCUGAAAAUAGAUCUGUUCUUAGACAACGGGAGACGUAGAGUCAACAUACCCUAAAUACUUACCUGACGACCGAUCCUGUAGAGCAGCGGCGAUCCAGCGGUGAUCCGGAACCUGGGGACAUCAGCACCUGAAAAUAAAAGAGAAAUAAAUUAGAAAGAGCUUUGGCACAAUCCGAGCUAAAUAAGCAAACUAAAUCACGUUCUAAGCAGGGAGGUAGAGGUUCAAUACCAUCCUGACCCACUUUUGGGACAACCAGCCUGGAACCAGCGGGGAACGCAAGGGAACAUCCCUGCAAACAUACCUUGCUUCUUGAAAGGAUAAAGGAGCUGGCGACCGUGCAGAGACACAAUAACAUCGAUCAAAGGUUAGUGAGUUCAGACAUUUCCGAAGUGAGUUCUUUACCCCAUCGAUUCUCCGGUGACAACCUUGCAACCGACUCCCAGACGUUCCCCUCAGCCGGUGGCAUCAACAUCGAAACAGCAGCAGCGGAGUGGCGAAGUAUCAUUUUACGAAGCUGCGAGAACUGAGAGGAAGCACCUUCAGGGUAAGGAGGUACUCAGCGUGACGUUGAGACGAGCGGAGGUGACCGCUGACGCGAAAAAGCAAUAGAGUCGCGUUAAUUUUAAUAAAUGCGCGAGAUUUAGUAGCGAGCGCAAAAAAGAUAUUUUAUUUUGUUUUUAUAGGCUAGCGUUAAUUUUUAGUUAGUUUAUGUCAAAGCGACAAUGUUUUUAUUUUUUUUGUUUACCAAAGAGGUUCAAGUCAUUACCUGAUAGCUAGCGAUAAAGUGAACGCGCGAAUAGCGUAUGAAUAAGUUUUCGUUAUACAAGUACACAUAUAGAUAUAUAUAGAUAUCGUUAAAUUUUAUAAUUUUAUUAAUCUUCUACUAUUCAGAAAAAUACUUUUAAAUUCUCUUAUUAUUUGUUUAAUGCAUGUUGGUAAAAGAAAACGGCAUGUGUGAAGUCGAGAAAAAUCUUGUUUUAUUUUUAAUAAAUGACUUUGUAAUUUUUAUAUUAUCUUUAAACGUUACAUUCCUUGUAACAUACGCCUGGUGCAUGUACGUCACCGUAACCUGAUAUUAUUUGUAAUUUUAUCAGUUUUAAGAAUAGGAAUAAGUAUUAGUCAGGGUGACACUUUAUUUGUCAAACCUGCACUUUUAAGUGCAACCUGUAAAAACAUUCCGGGGAGCAAAGUACAGCGUAAAGCGCAACCUGAGCUGCACUCUGGAGCAAUAACGAGCUAUCCUAUGAUUGGUCGACCAGCCUGGAGAGGGGAUGACCACAGCCAUCCUGCGAAGCGGCAGUGCCAUCGUACGGGGAUUGGACGUACGAUACCUGGAGGGGGUAGACACACUCUCUCGACGUCGCAGACGCACGGGGAUUGGAGGAAGCGCGCAGAGUGAGGGAAAGCAGCGACCCGGGUAUAAAAAGCGAUGCGAAGAGCUCACGAGAGCUUUCGCGCCACGAAUUCCGUCGAGUAAAAACCUCACGACUUUGAAAGUGAGAGCGACGCGUAUUGAUUCUAGAAGUUACGCCGAAUGCGAGUAGGCGUGCGUGAGCGUGAUAGUUCCGCGGGAUUGCUCGAAGUGCAUACCGUGUAGAGUAUAUGAAUUGGGCCGAAUGCGAGUAAGCUCAAGAUUUUUGUUAAAUAAUUACAAUCCGUUUACCCGAUUGUGAUGAGGCGUCGCGUACGGGAGAUGUGAAAUAUUAUUUUGACACACGACAUUCCGAAACGAAUGUGAAGAAGCGACGCGUACGGGAAGUGAUUGUGAAAAGUGCAAAUCUGCAAAACAUGAAUAAAUUGUUUUUUUUUAUUGUUUGUUUAAUAAUCAAACGACUAAUUAACUUACCUUACGUGCGUGAGAAUCCGAUCCUUGUCCUGGUGGCUGAUCCUGGGAAAACCUGAAAAGAGAAAAAAUCUUAAUUACAACCGGGGCGCAAAGCAGACACAUAACCUAAAAAUACUUACCUGGAGACGUUCCUGGGGGAUGACGGCGAUCCUGGAGAGACCCGACGGGCAGCGGCAGCACCUGAAAAUAAAAGUUAAAAAUUAAUAAAGUGUACAUCACAUUGCGUGGUCAGUCGAAUAAGUACAGCUGGAUUAAAUAAGUGACUUAGCAUUAAGCGCGAGAAGUUCACAUCCACGUUGCGACGAUUCCUGACACGGCGGCGGUGUUCGACGGUGCAGUGGCGAUACCGGAACACCUGAUCCUUGCUCCUGGGCUGGAUAAAGGAGCUGGCGACUGUGAUUUUGGGCAGAAAAGGUACGUGGGUUUCAAUAGUCAGUGAAUAGCCAAUUCUCGUUAAUCGAUUCACCGGUCACAGUGAAGGGGGGCUUUCGCGAGUGGAUUCGACUAAGGGCAUGUAAAUUCGAAGACGAAGUCCGAUGUCGUAAUUGUCCUCUGGCAGAUCAUAAUUGAUGAAAUCCGGAUAAUAACCACACCAACACAGUAACACAUUUACGUAUUAUAAGGAGCUAACAACAGAAAUGGCGACCGUGACAGGACGUUACCGAUCCGCGUGAAUGAACUACGUGUUUGAAAACGCAAGAAAAAGUUUAGCGGUGUGAAGUAUCAAUCGAGUCUACUCAGUGAUAAAGUUCUAUCCGAGGGUGAAAUUCGAAACGACCAUCCAAAUAUAGAUAGGUUAAAAUUACGUGAUGGCGAACAAACCGACUAGCGAACCCGAAACCGAUAAAGAAAUCGAGCGCGAUUAUCUGAAACGAGGGGUGCAACAUUCACCUAAAAAGAAAUUGUGCGACGACAGAAUAACGAGAUCUAAGGCCAAAAACGCGAUGGAAAACGCGACGGAAAUGAGUGCCGCGGAUAUUAAUCGUAUUCUUGAAGAAAACGAAAUCCUGCGCAAACGCGUAGAAUUAAGCGAGCAAACGCGCAAAGAGGAUAGUAGUUUAGCGAAAAAUGACGAACUCAUAUUGCUGUUAGCGGAAAUACGUCAACGGUUAGAGAAGCUAGAGACGCGUGAACAACGGUUGCGUGACGAAUCCGAAGGUGAGCGAAACGUAAGUAGCGAACUAACGAGGAGUGUUACAAGCGCACCGGCGCGCGAGCCACUAGCCCGAGACGCGAAUAACGUGAUACAAGCGAGAUUGCCGAGGGGAGGAUGGCUGAAAAGCCCGUUUGAAGACUUGAAGUUUUACGGGAAGCCGGAUUCCCAGAACCCCGUCAGAUUUAUUAGACAUUUCGAAAAAAUAGCGAUCUGUGAGGAGAUAAGCGAGGCCGAGCAGUUAUAUUUCUUUAGUAAAUGUAUGCGCGGAACAGCAUCGAGCUGGUACGAUGUGCGCGAUCCGGAUAGUAUAGCAGAGGCUAAGAAAGCUUUCAUAGAUUACUAUUGGGGGGAAGAACAACAGGCAAGAUUCCGCGAGGAGAUCUAUAAUGGGAAAUUCAACGAAUCCGUGCAUAAAUCGAUGGCGGAAUACGCGUUAAAUAUCGCGAAACAAGCUAGAUACCUCAAUCCACCGAUGUCGGAGAGCGAGAUAAUUCGCAAUGUAAAGAGGCACUUCGAUAAAGGUAUAACGAGAGAAAUUAGACCGAGCACGGUAAAAGACGUGGAAGAGUUUGUAAAGUUGUUGGACGAACUCGACUACGAAAACAAAAGGAAUAUUAGACCGAAAAUGCGCGAGCAAACCCAAGCGACGAAACCGAGCGAUAAAGCGACUGUAGCCAAAAAACCGAGCGUCUCACGAUCCACAACAACCGCGAAAUAUAGCCAACGCGAAACAAGCGACGGCGCGGGGACCGAAAAACGCGACGUAAACAGGCGAAACGAACAGCGCGCGAGGAACUACGAGAAGGGGGAGCGAACCGCGUGGAGGUAUUCCAACACACAAAACGAGAAAAAAACGAGACAUAAGACAACCGACUUGUCCGAAUCCGACGAGGAGGAGACGUCAUGUCGCGAGAUAGUGCCGUAUGAUAAAAAAUUCGCGAAUAAGGCGAAAAAAGAAUACGCGCAAAAGGAAAAAGCGAAACUGAACGCCGAGUCGAACGUAAACAAAACGAGAGCGACAAGCGAGCGAAAGAAGGUAGCUGCGAUAGAAACAAUGACAGAAAAAACCGACGCGGAUAGCGAUCGUGAAACAAUAGAGCGUAGUGCGGACGAAAAACAUUUGGCGAUACUGAGAACUAGGGAAAUCUUACGCGAUGUCGAGGAAGUGUCAAUUCAAGACCAGAGUGCGGAUCGUGGAAAACCGACACCUUACGUGCAGGUGAGUAUGCGUAACAUCCGUAUUAAAGCAUUGGUCGACACUGGGGCACAGAUAUCCGCAGUAACGAAGAACCUGUUCGAUAAGCUAAAUUCCGAAGCGCUAGAAAUGCGUAUUAUUCCGAUUCGAAAAUUCGUGUUGCGAGGCGCGUUCAAUGACAAAGGUCAACCGAUAGCGAACCGUGUGCAACUGAAAUUUGAGAUCGAGGGACGAGAGUUUAUUCACGAGUUCUACGUAGUUAAAAACUUAUCGUAUGAAAUGAUAUUAGGAAUAGACUUCUUGAUCGAAUAUGCUGCGACACUCAAAUGCGACGAGGAAACAUUCGCGGUAGAAUUUAAUGAGAUUCAGUCGAACAAUAACGCGAGAUGCACGAAGAUAAACGCGAUAGACGCGAGCGAAGCGAAAAUACUGUUGAGAGAAACGCUAGAGAAAUACGAUAAAUUAUUCGAAGAUAAAACGGGCAAAGUGAAUCAUUACGAGCAUAGUAUCGCGAUGAAGACGGAAAGGGCUUUUAAAUCAAAACUCUACCCGAUCGCGGACGCGCAUCGCGAGAAAGUCCGUGAACAUAUCCUAAAGAUGGAAUCCGAGGGAAUAAUAGAGCGAGCGGCCACUGAAUACGUGAAUCCGUUAGUAGUCGUAAUUAAAAAAUCAGGCGAUAUCCGACUAUGUCUCGAUGCACGCGAAUUAAACAAGCGUAUGUGCAAUGAUCAUGACCAACCGCCGACAAUCGACGAAGUUUUUCGCCGAAUAGGUAGCAGACGUUUCUUCAGUACGUUAGACGUAGCGAGAGCAUUCUGGCAAAUCCCACUCGAGUCACAAAGUGCCAAGUACACGGGAUUCAAAUUCGAUAAUCAAACAUACGUUUUUAAAAGAAUGCCUUUCGGUCUGAAGACAGCUGGCGCGUCAUUCACGCGUGCGAUCCGUAAAGCGUUGGGCGACGAGUGUGAUUCGUUCACGAUAAUAUAUCUUGACGACGUUUUAAUCGCGUCAGAUACGCUCGAAGAGCAUUUGUAUCAUAUAAAUUUCGUACUAAAAAAAUUAGAAGACGUAGGUUUUAGACUCAAUAAGAGUAAAUGUGAAUUUAUGAAACCGGAAAUAAAAUUUCUAGGACAUACUUUCAACGAAAUCAGAGCGGAAAUGAACGAGGAUACGAAAUCCGCUAUAAAAAAUUUCGAACGUCCCAAAAAUAAAAAAGGAGUUCAGGCUUUUUUAGGGCUUGUAAACUGGGACCGAAGGUUCAUUAAAGGACUCGCGAACUUAACUAAACCGCUCGAAAAUCUCUUACGAAAGGGCGUAAAAUUCGCGUGGACCGAUACCGAACAAAAGGCUUUCAACGAGAUAAAGCGAGCCUUCGAUGAGGCUGAGAAAUUAUUCGUGAUACGUCCGAAUAAAAAGUUUGGAAUUUUCGUAGACGCGUCAAAGUACGGUUUAGGUGCUAGACUAUAUCAAUACACCGACGAAGAGCCAGAAAAAAAAUUUACGAUAGCUUACGCGAGUAGGUCGUUAAAGGGCGCAGAACUUAACUACACCGUCACGGAAGUCGAAUGCUUAGCGCUAGUGUGGGCGUUAAAAAAGUGGCAUACAACUCUUCUAGGACGUAAGAUUCGCGUUCAUACGGACCAUCGAGCGUUAAAGUUUGUAACUUCAUGCGCGAACGAUAGUAAUAGAAUAGCACGAUGGAUUGCUUUUCUCAAUGAGUUUGACUUAGAAAUAUGUCACGUUCCGGGCAAACAAAACGUUAUAGCGGAUACAUUGUCGCGAAACAAUAUCCAAAAUGGAUAUGCGAAGAAGGCCGAGAUGACGAAAAUAAUAGCAGCAAUUAGACAACCGAACGACGAUACCGAAACUAGUGACUGGGUUGAAUUCUUACGAAUAGCGCAAGAUCAAGACGCGGAAUUGCAACAAAAGCUAAUAAACGAACCCGACGUUUAUACUCAACGAGAUAAUCUAAUUAGAAUAAAAACACGCGAUACCGAGCGAAUCGUAGUACCCGAUCACGUCAAAUGGCGUUUUCUAAAUAAAAUUCAUGUGUAUCUGUUGCAUUUUGGCACAGACAAAACGUUGGAUUUUGCUAAACAAUUUUUUCAAAUAAGUAACUUGGAGAAAUUAAGCCGCGAUGUAGUAGCGUCGUGUAAUGUUUGCCAAGCGACCAAAUACUAUACGCGUGCCACGCGGGGCAUACAAUAUUAUGAUUUGCCAGAGAGACCAGGUAAAGUAGUUUCUUUGGAUAUUUUUGGUCCUUUGCCACAAACGGCGAAAGGAAAUAAAUACGUAUUAGUCGUGAUGGAUCAAUUUUCAAAAUUGACAAAGUUUUAUACGAUGCCUAAUCAGAAAUUAGAGACGAUAAUAAAUACGUUACAAUUGAGUUGCUUCAACGACAUUGGAAUUCCGAGUGAAAUUCUAACGGAUAACGCGGGGCAGUUCGUGACAAACCGAUGGCGAGAGUUCACUGUCGAAAUGGGACUCACGUGCAGGAAAACGAGCCCUUAUAAUCCGCAAUCGAAUCCUGUCGAGCGCGUGAUGCGGGAAAUCAGACGCAUCAUUCGCGUAUACGCGUACGAUCGACAAAUCAGAUGGGAUCAAAUUAUCAAGAGAGCGGAGAAUACAAUCAAUAGUACCACUCACUCGAGUACCGGGUGCAGGCCAACGGACCUACAUAGGAAUCAAAACAAUCUAUUGCAAGUCGAUGCACGUUUGAAACCGCGAGAAGGUGAAGAGGACGAAAAAACGGCGGAAGAAAAAAUUCAAGCUGCAAUCGCACGAGCGACGGAGAUUCUAAGGAAACGAGCCGCCCAGAGAAAGGUGCAGGCGGACAAAUUUGACGAAGCGAAACCAUUCGAGGUCGGAGACAAAGUGUGGAUCAAGCUACACCGACGUAGCGACGCAAGUCGACGACUUACGAAGAAGAUACAUCUUGUAUACGAUGGCCCUUACAAGAUUGGUCAAUUGAUUAGAGCAAAUGCUUACCUCGUAGUGGACGACGAUGAAAAUGCGUUAGGAGUAUAUAACGCUCGUCAAUUAAAACCCCACAGAGAAGCAAUGUUGAAGGAUCCGGAACAGAUUAACGCAAUCGAAGAAACCAAGACGACACUGGAACAACGCCGGAGACCUGAAACAGAAAAAAGAAAGAUUAAAAGUAAGCAAAAUAAAGUGAAAACAAUCAACAUGUUACGAAUAUCUGAAAGAAAUAAUUCCAUUAGUAACAAAAAAAUCAACGAAUAUAUUCAUGACAUGAAACACGAGAUGAUAACUAAACGACUCCGUUCCCAGACUUUACUCUCCGAUGAUUCAAACAAUAGUGACAAAUCGUCGGAAAAUGGAAUGAUUCAACGCAGGAAAAGGCGUAAAAGACAAGUAAUUAGCGAAAAAGGCAUGAGACAUAUAUCUCGUAUAACCAGAUUACUCGAAGGACAUAUACAAACGGGAUCAAUCAUAGCCAAAGUAGAAAAUCAAGAAAUAAAAGUCAUCAUGGACACGAGAGGCGAAUUCAACGUUAUCACCACAGAAGCCGUGAAAGUAAUAGAAACGAGCGGAAGAAAACUAACGAGAACAACAGAGUCAAAAAACAUACCUGUUUACUUAAGAAGAGAAAAGCGAACGACGGUCGAAGCAGUGACAGUCCAAACAGAAAUAUUUGCAAGGAAAAUAAUGGUAGAAGCCAUGAUUCUCGAGCAAAGCGAACCAAUAUUGCUAAUAGCGAGAAACUCGAGAAAAGAAUUGGCAAGUUUAAUACGAAACUCUGAGAACAGCGACAAAAAAUUAGAACGCUGGGGACGAGCUAGAUCAAAGAAUGUAAUGCCACAAAUGCGUGAACAAUUGCAAAGAAGUAACUAUCAAGAGGAAAGGGAGGAGACGAAUCUCCCAAAUUAUAUAAAAAAUCAUGAGAAUCAAUCAGAACAACCAUCACUCAAGUUGGAUGCGACAGAAGAUAGAAGAAGUGAAUCUGACAUCUUAAUCGACGACUCGGACAUCAUACAGGAUUCUGAAGAGUUAACAGCAUCACCUUGCAGUAAACGACCUGAAACAAAUAAAAAAUCGGUAAAUAUUAGUGAAAUAAACGAAAAUACUGAAAAGUGCAGUAAUAUCAUAAAAAAGUGCAAUAUAAUGACAUAUAUUCCACUCGAAAGUGCAAAACUCUUUGAGUCAAUACAAAACGGCUUAUCGAGCAACGAGUGUGAAAACAUUGACAUCUCAGAUGAGGAAAUAAUCGAAAUAAACUCGAGUUCUGACGAGAUAAUAAAUAAAUUAAAAAUAAAUGAGGUAAAAACAAAUAUUAACAAUAUUAGUGAAAAAUCAAAUAAAUUCAAUGAAUUUAAGAAAAGUGAUACUAAAUCAAGAAAAAACAGCAUAACAAUAAACAACGAUAAAUUAAAAGUGCGCGAAAUCGUUAUAUGUGAUCCUAAUCAAAAUGCAUACCAAUGGUAUGUAAAAAAUAAUAAAGAAGUUAUAAAUAAUAAUAAAAUCAAAAAUAAUUCUAAUAAUCGUUUAAUAAGAUGUAAUAGUUGCACGAAGAAACGCGAGCUACGUGAUACGUUCGAUAACGAGCCAAUCAGCGAGAGGACGACAGCGCGAGCAGUCAACCAAUCGGAGACGUCGUUUGUGAACGAGCCCGAAGACUAUAUAAGAGUAGCGCAUCUACAAUCUCCUAGUUCUGUGAUGGCUGGCGAUACCGCGUACACGCGUGACGAGACUAAGCGUUGUAACACUAUUGCGACGACGAGUGCGUACGAAAUCUUAGAGAAAGUUACGAGAAUCCUACGAAGAAUGGAUAAAUUACGUGAAUUAGGUUUGGACAGUGAAGAAGAAAAUUCGAUUAAUCGAGCCAUGUCCAGCAUCCUAAAGGAGGAAUUAGCAGCGAGAAGACGAAAAAGAAUAAGUUUUCUCAAUACCUUUGCGAGAGACACCGACUCGGAUAACGAAGUCAUCGACGCGAAUAAAGCGGAAGAACUAAUUAAUAGAGAUAAGCAAAAGAAUAACCUUAUCGCCGAUAUGCUUACCUCACACUACAAAAAUUUAGCGAGGCAAAAUUGUUUAUUCGACACGAUACAACUAAAGGAUAAGCAUGGAAACGCUUUGGGAAGAAUAAAAUUCAUGAUCGAAGUGGAGAUCGACGACCCGGAGAAGACUGCGCAAGCGCACGUAGAGGUUAUAACGACAUUCUCCAACGGGGUAAUAAACGCCCAAUAUAAAUAUUUUGAUCGAUCGGAACAACCCACUCAAUCAUUACCAGCGGAACCUAUCAGACAAUCAACACCAGAGAUUGCGACACCACAAGAAAUAGUGGAUAUUCCGGAACAACAAACCGAGGAACAACCUAACCUACAAAUUACAGAGGUUGAGAGAGAAGACUCAGAAGAAAGAUUACUACAUGAAUCUGACGAACAACAAUCAGAGCACGAAAGUGAAAAAGAAAACCACGAAAUAAAUAAAAAAGUGGAAAUAAAAGAAGAAAAGAAAAAUAAAGCUAAAGCGAAGAAAGAAAGUGCGAAUCUGAAGAAAGCAAAAUCUUGGACAUACAAAAAACGCACAACUGUCAAGAAGAGAAAAGAAAGAAAGGGUGCACAAACAUCAACCGACAGCGAAUCAGAGGACGAAAUAAUCCCAUCGCCUAAGAAAAGAAAGGCGCUCUGUUCAGUCUAUCAGUCUGAACAAAGCCCCUUGGAGGGGGUAAUGCAACCGACUCCCAGACGUUCCCCUCAGCCGGUGGCAUCAACAUCGAAACAGCAGCAGCGGAGUGGCGAAGUAUCAUUUUACGAAGCUGCGAGAACUGAGAGGAAGCACCUUCAGGGUAAGGAGGUACUCAGCGUGACGUUGAGACGAGCGGAGGUGACCGCUGACGCGAAAAAGCAAUAGAGUCGCGUUAAUUUUAAUAAAUGCGCGAGAUUUAGUAGCGAGCGCAAAAAAGAUAUUUUAUUUUGUUUUUAUAGGCUAGCGUUAAUUUUUAGUUAGUUUAUGUCAAAGCGACAAUGUUUUUAUUUUUUUUGUUUACCAAAGAGGUUCAAGUCAUUACCUGAUAGCUAGCGAUAAAGUGAACGCGCGAAUAGCGUAUGAAUAAGUUUUCGUUAUACAAGUACACAUAUAGAUAUAUAUAGAUAUCGUUAAAUUUUAUAAUUUUAUUAAUCUUCUACUAUUCAGAAAAAUACUUUUAAAUUCUCUUAUUAUUUGUUUAAUGCAUGUUGGAAAAAGAAAACGGCAUGUGUGAAGUCGAGAAAAAUCUUGUUUUAUUUUUAAUAAAUGACUUUGUAAUUUUUAUAUUAUCUUUAAACGUUACAUUCCUUGUAACAUACGCCUGGUGCAUGUACGUCACCGUAACCUGAUAUUAUUUGUAAUUUUAUCAGUUUUAAGAAUAGGAAUAAGUAUUAGUCAGGGUGACACUUUAUUUGUCAAACCUGCACUUUUAAGUGCAACCUGUAAAAACAUUCCGGGGAGCAAAGUACAGCGUAAAGCGCAACCUGAGCUGCACUCUGGAGCAAUAACGAGCUAUCCUAUGAUUGGUCGACCAGCCUGGAGAGGGGAUGACCACAGCCAUCCUGCGAAGCGGCAGUGCCAUCGUACGGGGAUUGGACGUACGAUACCUGGAGGGGGUAGACACACUCUCUCGACGUCGCAGACGCACGGGGAUUGGAGGAAGCGCGCAGAGUGAGGGAAAGCAGCGACCCGGGUAUAAAAAGCGAUGCGAAGAGCUCACGAGAGCUUUCGCGCCACGAAUUCCGUCGAGUAAAAACCUCACGACUUUGAAAGUGAGAGCGACGCGUAUUGAUUCUAGAAGUUACGCCGAAUGCGAGUAGGCGUGCGUGAGCGUGAUAGUUCCGCGGGAUUGCUCGAAGUGCAUACCGUGUAGAGUAUAUGAAUUGGGCCGAAUGCGAGUAAGCUCAAGAUUUUUGUUAAAUAAUUACAAUCCGUUUACCCGAUUGUGAUGAGGCGUCGCGUACGGGAGAUGUGAAAUAUUAUUUUGACACACGACAUUCCGAAACGAAUGUGAAGAAGCGACGCGUACGGGAAGUGAUUGUGAAAAGUGCAAAUCUGCAAAACAUGAAUAAAUUGUUUUUUUUUAUUGUUUGUUUAAUAAUCAAACGACUAAUUAACUUACCUUACGUGCGUGAGAAUCCGAUCCUUGUCCUGGUGGCUGAUCCUGGGAAAACCUGAAAAGAGAAAAAAUCCUAAUUACAACCGGGGCGCAAAGCAGACACAUAACCUAAAAAUACUUACCUGGAGACGUUCCUGGGGGAUGACGGCGAUCCUGGAGAGACCCGACGGGCAGCGGCAGCACCUGAAAAUAAAAGUUAAAAAUUAAUAAAGUGUACAUCACAUUGCGUGGUCAGUCGAAUAAGUACAGCUGGAUUAAAUAAGUGACUUAGCAUUAAGCGCGAGAAGUUCACAUCCACGUUGCGACGAUUCCUGACACGGCGGCGGUGUUCGACGGUGCAGUGGCGAUACCGGAACACCUGAUCCUUGCUCCUGGGCUGGAUAAAGGAGCUGGCGACUGUGAUUUUGGGCAGAAAAGGUACGUGGGUUUCAAUAGUCAGUGAAUAGCCAAUUCUCGUUAAUCGAUUCACCGGUCACAACCUAACCUUGAGACCGUCCACCCGGAGCUCCCAACAUCCUGAGACGUCCACACCGGCGGAGAAGACCAGAGAACUCCCCAAAAAGGUUUACACAACGACCAAGACCGAGAGAAGGAAGGUCGAUGGUAAGACCGUUCUAAGUGUUACUAUUGAGCGAGCUAAGACACCACUCGAUGUCGAAACCACGCCGAAAACGGCGUAGAAACGCUUAUUUUUAUUCAAAGCAAUAAGCUUAAUUUUUCAUUUAUUUUCUGUUUUACCAUUACGGAAAACUUUUUAGUUUAUUUUGACUGCGUAAAAAUAAUUCUUUUAUUUGGCCAAAGUCAUGGCCAGUAUUUGAUAAUAAUCAUAUUUUCAAAUAAUCAACAUUUCUUAAAAGUUUACAUUUUCUAUUUCUUAAACUAUUAGCUGAAUCAAGCAAAAGGUUUUAUGUCUAACAUUUUUUUUUCUUUCUGUGUGUUAUAGAAAUAUCACAUUUCGUUCAAAUAACGAAUAUCAUACCUAGUUUAAGUUUAGGCUUAAGUAUUGAAUUAUGUGUUAAGAAUCUUUUACUAUUAUAUUUUAUUAUGUAGUCUAUCCACGAAAACUUCGUGUUUAAUUAUGCCAAGAGUCGAGUCAUUACUCGUACAAUAUACGUUAGUAUUAUUUUGUGUGCUAAUUUUGCGAUUGUUCAUUUCCCUUUUGAUUUCGUACGCGUUUUGUAUGUACGUGUGCGUAACAUAACCUAAAAAUGUCAAAAAAUCAAUCGUUUAUGUGAUUACAUCAUUUCUGUUUGAUUGCACUUUAAGUGUAAUAUAACUGCACUUUAGGUGCAAAAGCGAAAACUGGCGAAUUUUGAAUAAAACACCGAGGCCGGAAUUCAUAGUCCGUUCUUAAGGUGAUGCUUAAGUUCGCCUUAAUGAAGAUCAUCUUAUUCGCUUAAGAUGGUCUUAAGAAGUCAUGUAUUCAUAGUCAGAGAAUAAGACAAUCUUUGUAAAGAAAUAGGGCUCAAGGAUCUACUUAUUUCAUAUAAGACGAUCUUAACAAAGACGAAACUUAAGAUAAUCUUAUUUAAACUUCGGAUACAUUCGUGAUAUUUCCAUUAGAUCAACCAAUAGUGGUUCCAAAUUUGCGUUCCGAAAUUUACUUCCAGUACUUAUCUAUCUAAAAUUUUGUCCAUGCUACGUACUUACGUGUAUUGUAACCUCGGGACUUCGUUCUGGGGAGCCGUGGUGAUGGGAUGUGGUCACACGUGUUGCACGUACACAAGUGGGAAUUUUCUCCAUUACGCUAAAUAAAGGAAACCUGAUCUAUUCACCAUGUUUCAUAUAAAUUAAUAUACAUUAGAAAACAUUUUUAUUACUUAUUUAGUUAUUUUCAUUUAUUAUAUUGAUUAUACUUUUUGCAUUUUGUUGAUUAUUUUAAUGGCUUGUAUUUUAUGUUUAAUAUCGUUAUAUAUAUUUAUGUUUAUGCUGGCAUCUCUGAAUAAUUUAUGAACUUUUAGUUAUUCAUCCCUCGAGAUGACUAAUGUGCAUCACAUAAUUAUAUCGUGCAUCACAUAAUUAUAAACAUGCAGAAGGACAAGCAAAGCAAGGCAAAGCAUUUUACAACACUUGAAAAAAAACUUUUCUUGGAUAUUUUAAAAAGAUACAAACAUGUAAUAGAAGUAAAAAAGAGUGACUCUACUACGUUAAAGGAUAAAGAAGUAGCUUGGUCAGAAAUAUGUAACGAGUAUAAUACAUCUCAACUUAUAACCCAAGAAAGAACUGUUCAGCAACUUAAAAAAUUUUGGACAAACCUUAAACAAACUCAAAGAGAUGCUUUAACUCGAGAAAAGCAAUCUCGAAUGGCAACAGGUGGAGGACCAUCGAUUGAUCCUAUUGAAAUUGAUCCCGAUGUAGCAACAAUAGCACCAAACUUAAUGAAAUCCGCGCCAAUAAUUUAUUCAUCUAAUUUGGA